AUGAACCAAAAUCGCGAAACCACCCGUAAUUAGUCUUAUCGAUAAAAAAAGUAAUAUUUUUAUAGUAUUAUAACAUAGAAACGAUACUCGUUCUCAUGCACCUACCUUUGAAAAUCUUUAGGCAAGAAUAAGGGAUUUUUCUUAUAAUAGACUAUAUAAUGCUGUGUCAAAUUAAAAAAGAAGUGAAUCUACACACUCCCAGAUUUAACAUCAAGACUUGUAGUAGAUGUAUCUUAUUCUUUUAUUAAAGAAUUAAAAAUAUACUAGACAAUGGAGCGAAAUCAUAUAGCAGUGGAUUCAAAUUGAGUGAUAUCCCUUAUUCUCCUUAGUUACAAUCUACAAAUCAAUUAUUUUAAUCGCCUAAAUAGUUUGAAUCUAGUAAUCAGAAGCAAUCUGUGAAAAAGCAUGAAGACAAACUUGAAAUAUUUGGAUUGCAUUCAGAUAAACGUAAGAGAAAGGAUGAUCAAAAUAACAAAAAUGAUUAAUUUUCAAUUGAAUACGCUAAAUUAAAAAAAUAAUAGGAACCAAUUUCUAAUGCAAGUAGAAAUUAAUUACCAGAUUUAGUCAGAAUAGCUCAAUAAACAUCAACCGAUUACAAAACAAGUAUAAAUAUCAAAUAAGUAGUAUAAUAAGACGAUUUGAGAUACUAGAAUGUAAUUGAUACGGAUUAAAGUAAAGAGUAUGGCUCUAAAUAUUUGGAAUUGUAGCAAAAAUUAAAAAAGUCUAAUGAUUAAUGUAAUGAGUUAAAAAUAGAAAACAAAAAUCUUAAUAUUCAAGUAAAGGAUUUAUAAAAGAAACUAUAGACUUUUAAAGAAUACCAAAAGGAUUAGGAUCAAGAAUUGUAAUAUUUAUAAUAAUAAAUUGAAAAAUUUAACGAUAUUAAUAUUGAUUUGAGGAAUUAAAAUAAUGAAUUAUUGUAAGAAAUGCAAGAAUUAAAACAAUUUAACACUACUCAAAAACAUAAUAUUUAAUUAAAUGAAUUAAAUCUUUCAAAUAAAAUAAAAAAUUUAGAAAGUGAGAAAUCAAAAUUAAAAGAUGAUUACUAAAAAGCAUAAAUUGUACUUUCUAGAAUAAGAGAGGAAUCAGAUGAAAAACUUUAUGAUUUAUAAAAAUAAAUCCACACCUUAAAAGAUUAAAUUUAACAGUAAUCAAAUUAAUCAAGUUAAUAUUAAUAAGAAAUUAAAGAUCUAACAACUUAACUAAAUUAGUUAACCUAAGAAAAGUAAGAUUAAUUUGAUAAUUUCUUAUAAAUUAAAUAGACUUUAUUAAAUUAGAUUGAUACAUAAUUUUAAGAUCAUAAUGCAUAAUUAGAUGUUUAAAAACAAUAUGAACAGCUGAAGUAAGAAUAUCAAUCAUUAAAAAAAGUAAAUAAAAAGAUUUAAGAAGAUACAGAUAAAGAAAAGGAAAUCAUAUAAAAAUAAAAUGAAAACCUAACCUCUCAAAUAGUUUAGCUAUUAUAAAAAUCUGAGGAAAAUUAAAAUCGAAUUAUGGAAUUAGAAAGUUAUUUACAAUAGUAAUAAUUAUCUACUUAAGCAUCAUAAACACCUUAAAAUGUAUAUCAAGAAUAAUAAUAAUAACAUCUAUUGAAUUUAGAAAAUUAAUUGAGUGAGAAGAAAAACAUCAUAGAUUAAUUGAAUUAAUAAAACUCUUUGAUUCACUUAUAAUUAGAAGAGGCUAAUUAUUUAAAUUCUGAAUUGCAAAAGAAUUUGUUAUACUAUUAGGAUUAAUAUUCAAUUUUGAUAGAAGAAAAACAAGGUCUCACUAUACAGAUAGAUGAAUUGGGAAAAGCAAAAGAUUUGCUUGAAAAAUAAAUGGCUUUAAAAGAUUCUUAAAUAAAUUAGUUAUAAGAAUAUGUAAAUGAAUAGAAGUAAGAGUUUGAAUAAAUUCAAGAUGAUUUAUAUAUAUAAAUUGAUAAAGAAAAAUAGUUGUAUAAUAAUCAAAUUAAUUAAUUAGAAAAUUAGUUGUCAAAUUUCUAAACUGAAAUAGAGAGAUUAAAAGAAUAAAUAAAUAAUUAAAAAGACUUAAUAGACAAUUUAAAUGAUUAAAUCAAAAAAUAGAAUAAUUUGAUUUAAACUUUAAAUGAAGAUGUUGAUAAUAAUUUAUAAAAUAAUAACAAUUUGAAUGAUUAAUUAAAUGAUUUUGAAAGCUAAAACGAAUUACUCAAUACUAAAAUUGAUACUCUAAUUGGCGAUUUGAAGGUUAAAGAAGAUGACUACAAUUAAAUUAAUGAAUAAUUUAGAUAAUUAUAAAUUUAGCAUUUGUAAUUGAAUGAGUAAUUGUAAGAAGCAUUAGAUAGUCUAUAAUAGGGAAAUCAAUCAUCAUAGAUGGUUAAAUAGCAAUUAGAUGUAUCAAAUCAAUAACUUGAUCAAUUGCAAAUUUAAUUAUAGAAUACAGAGGAUGUUUUAUUUGGAAAAAGUGAACAACUUAAUUGGGCAAAGUCAGACUCUGAUUAAUUAAAGAAAGAAAAUUUAUAAUUAUAGCAAGAAAUUAUAUAUGCGAAUGAUCAAUUCAAUGAGCUUUAGUAUAAAAUCGAUACACUGAAAAAUGAAAAUUUAACUCUAAAGAAAGAUUUACAAAUAAAUGAAUUACAACUAAACAAAGAAAGAUAGGUAAAUUAGGAGUGCAACAGCAAAAUAGAGGAUUUAUAAAACCAGAAUUAAAUAUUAAUUGAAGAAAGCGACAAUCUACAAGACGAAAUUCUUAAAACGAAUGAAAGAAUCAAGACUUUAGAUUAAUUGUUAGAAAAUCAAAAUAAAUCCUAUUCAUUAUUAUAAAAUUGUUUGGAUAAUCUUAAAUUGAAAAAUGAAGAAUUAUAAUAAUAAAAUGAGAAUAUAUUUUUAGAAAAAUAAAGUUAAAAAGAUGAAUAUUAAUAAUUUCUCUAUUAAGACAAUAAAUUAAUUUAAGUUUACUUAAAUAAAUACAAAAGUUUUUAAUCUAAAAAAUAACAUGAUUAAAGUCAAUAACUCGAGGAAGAAGCAUAUGAUGAAGAAAUAGAUUAAGAAGCUGAUAAUGUAAAUUUAAUAUAAGUUGAUUUAAAUCAAUAACAACAACUUUUAUAAAAUGGGAUACAAAAUUUAAUUGGCAUCAUCAAAUUCUAAUAAGAUAAAAUCUUAAACCUCAAGGCUGAAUAAAAUUUGAAUAAUUAAUAAAAAUAAUUUGAAUAAAAAGAGCAAGAAUCUUAAACUUGUGAAAAGCAAAUUCAGAAUUAAAAAAAUGAUAAUUUAUUAGAUAUUUAUGAUUAAAUCAAUUCAUCAGCCAAUGAGAUUAAAGUAUAAUAAAAUAAUGAAAAUGUCUCAGAAUUACAAAAUGGAAAUUUAAUUGAGGAUGCUAAGUUGCCAAAUAAUUAGGAAGAAUGGCUUAAUGCAAUAGAAAAUUUAAGAGAUCAAAUUAAAAACUAAGAAUAAGAAAUUAAUUAAUUACUUUAAGAUAAUUAAGAAUAUUAAAGUAAGAUAGAAGAUCUUCAAAAGAUUACUGAAUCCUAAAGAAAAAACUAAAUAGACCAAGAUAAUUGUAAUAAUUAAUAAAAAGAAAAAAUUGAAUAAGAUUAAUAGAGAAUUUUAGAUUUUGAAAAUAUGUUGCUAUAAUUAAAAUAAGAGCUCUAAGAUAAGGCAAAUUUAAUUUAAAGCUAAGAAUAACAAAUUGAAGAACUGAUAUCAUAAAAGUUAGAUAUCAAUUCCAAAUUAACUGAUUAAAUCUCAUAAAAUGAGGGAUUAAGCGCUAAAUUCCAUCAUUAAUCGUAAGAAUUAUUAGAUCUUUAGUAAAAUUUACUACAGUUACGUUAAGAAUAAGAAAUUACAAUAUAAGGUUUAAAUUAGCUAGAAAAAAAGAAUUUAGAAUCAGAACAGCGAAUAUUAGAACAGAAGUUAGAAGUGGAGAAUCUUUAGGAAAAAUUGUCAAAUAUAACAUAAACUAAAAAUAUUCUAGAAUCAAAUUUAAAUGAACUAAAAAAUAGUGAAAAGGCUCAAAAAUUAGAAUUAUUAAAACUAGAAUCUAAACUUUAAGCUCUUCAAGAAGAAACCUAAACGCAAACGAAUAGUUUAAAAGAGGAAAAUAUAAGAAUGUAAGGCUUAAAAGACACUUUAGAAAUGUAAAUUCAAGAUUUAAAAUCAGAAAAUAUUGAUCAACUUAAAUAAAUUUAAUAGAUAAAUGAAAAAUAUAAUUUAAUAAAUGAAUAAUUCACUUAAUAAUAGAAAAAUUUAAGUUUGUUUGAAUAAACAAUCAAUGAAUAAAGAAAUCAAAUAUAGAAAAUUGAUACAUAUAAUGGAUAAUUAUUAGAGAGUUAAAAAUAAUUAAAGUAAGAGUUUGAUACAUUAACAAUAGAGCAUGAAUAGCAAAUACUACUUUAGAAUUAAUUAGUAAGAGAAAAGGAGUAACAAUUAUCAUAGAUUAAUUAGUAAUUUUAAAAAGAAAUAGAUAUAUUAAAGAUUCAAAAUUAAGAUUUAUCUUAAUAGAAUUACAAAUUGGAAUAGAAAAUUAAAGAAUCAUAACUCAUUAAUGAUCAAUUGAUUGAUUAAUAAAAUAUAAACUUAAAAGUCCAAGAAAAUGAAUUAAAGCAAUUAUAUUUUCAGGAAUAACAAAAAAAUUUUAAACUUGAUAUAAAAAUAAAUGAAGCCUCUCAUAAAAUAGAAUCACUUUAAUAGCUGAAUGAAUAGCGAGAAGAAAAAAUUUAGGAUUUAUAAUAAUAACUAAAUGUAUUGGAAGAACAGAAUGUAGAUUUACAUAAGGUUAAUAAUGAAUUAGCUUAAAAUAAUCAUAUUUAAGAAUAGAAGUUAUAAAAACUAAAAUAAAAAAGUGAAAAUUAACUAUAAAAAUUUACAGAUCUAGCAAAUGGAUAAGAAUUAAAUUUGUAAAAAUUAAAUAAUCCAACUUAGCAAUUAAAUUUAUUGCAAUAGAAAUUUUAAUAAUUGGAAAUUACACUUUUAAGAUUUCUACCAAAAUUAAAAUAAAAAAUAUUAUCAUAAUAAGAUUUACUAAGUUAGUUAAAAAUCACUAUAAAUUAACACAAAAAUAAUAUUGAUGAUUUAAAUCAAUAAUUAUUAAAAGAAUAUGAUAAAUCAAAUUAAUUUAAUGAUUAGCUACUGUAAAAUUAAGAAUUAAUCUCAAAAUUAUAAAAUCUAAUUGAAGAAUUAGAAAUUGAAAAAUAGUAGAAUAUAGCUAAACUAGAAAAAUAAGCUGAUGUAAUUGAAUAAAUGAGGGCUGAAAAUGCACUGUUAUCACAAUAAAAAUAGGAGCAUGAAAAUAAAUUAAAAUAACUUUAAUCAGACUUUUUAGAUUAAUAAUCAUAAUGGAACUCUGAAAUCCAAUAAAAAAUAUAAGAGAAUUAAACAACAAAGAAUGAAAAUGAAAUUUUAAAUCAGGAAUUAACAAAAAAAAAUGAAUAAAUUUCAAGUUUGAGUAAAGAAGUUGAAUAAUAAUAAAGUAUUACUAGGUGCGAAUAAGAAAUAUUAAUUUCAAAAUAUCAAUAAGAAUUAAAAAUAAUUGAAGCUAAAAUCUCAGAGUAACAAAAUAAUUUCUCGAAUAAUAUAUUAAAAAGGCUAUUAGAUAUUACUGAAAAGUAGAAUUACUAUUAAGAAAAAUAAACUCUUCGUCUUAAUUUUAUAUAGAAGAAAUUUAGCAAAGAGUAGGAAGUAAACAACAAGUUAAACAUUGAAUUAAAUUAAAUUUAGAUGGAAAUGAAAUAAUUGAUAGAGAGAAGUUUAGUUUAAUCAAGUUCACUUAAUUAAGAAAUUUAGAUGUUGCAAGAUGACCUUAAAAUUGAGAGAGAAGCCAAUGUUUAUUUAAAUUCAUUAAUUGUCCAAAUGAAACAAUAGGUUAUUGAACUUAACAAUUCUAUUAACUAAAAGGAUUAAGAAAUAGAAUCUUUAAAACAAAUAAAUGAUAAAUUAAAUGACCAAUAAAUAAUUGAAAAAUAAGAGUUAUUAAAUAAUUUUAAAAAUAUUCAAGAAUCCAAUUCUUAGUCUAAACAGUAGAUUUAAUAGUUAUAAGAUCAAAUUAAUAACAUUAAUGAAAUUCUUUUAGUUAAGGAUUAGGAAAUUAAAGAUUUAAAAUACACUUUAUCAGACUAAGAAAAAGAGAUUAGUUAAAGAGCUUAAGUAUAUGAAAUUAAAAAUGCUGAGUUAUAAAAUAUAAAAGAGGAAAGUCUCAAAAAUCAAAAGUGCAAGGAUAAAGAAAUUUUACACCUAUAGUAAAAUUUAGAAUAAUAAAAAAUAAAUUAUGAAAGAGAAUCUUUAGUUCUACAGAGGAAUCUGGAAUAGCUAUAGAUAAAUCUGAAAUAAAAGGAGGAAGAAAUAUCAAAAAUUAAUUCAGCUAAUUAUGAAUUAUAAGUGAGUAAUAAGGAAUUAUAAGAUUAAAAUAAGAAACUAAAGGUUGAAUUAAUACAACAAGAACAGAAUUUAAAUUUGAGGAUUACUAAUACAGAAGUAAUUAUUGAACAAAAGGAUAAUGAAAUUUAAUUAAAAUAAAAUGAAUUUAAUGUUUUAAAAUAAUCGAUUAAUACUUAUGAAGAAAGAUAUAAUUGUGAUUAAUAAAUUAUAUAAAAAUAAUUGUUUGAAUUAGAAAAUUUGCAAAAUCAAAUUGAAGAUUUAAAAAAAGAAGAAGAAUUUACAAAAUUGGAAUUUCAAUAACAACUGAAAUUUGCAAGUUUAGAAUUAUAAAAAUAAAACAUUGAUUAAUUUGAUGAGAUAUCUCUAUUAAAUAAUGAUAUUGAGAAAAAAGAGGGCAUUGAUGAAAAUAAAUAGAAUUCAGAGGAUGUAGACUAAUAUAUAGAUCUAAUGUCCCAAAGAUAAAGAUAGACUAAUGAAGUAGAUUAAGAAUUAUUAAACGAAGAAAGGGUUCUUUUAUAGAAAUUGAGAGAAGAAAAUAACAUUUAAAGAAAAUAACUAGCAGAUUAAGAUAAAGAAUUAUUUAUAAAUAAUUAAAGGAUUCUUGAUCAUGAACAAACAAUAUUGAAUCUACAAUCGGAAUUAUAAGCAAGAAAUAAUAAUAAUGAAUAACUAAGGCCUUUAGGUAAUGAAAUAAAUUAAUAUGAAGGACAAAUAGAUUAGGAUUCAGAAUAAUAGUAAUUUGAAUAAAAACAAUAUUAACGAAAAGAUAGGAAUUUAGAAAUUUAAUAAAUACCAAAAUUAAGGGAAGAAAAUGAAAUUUUAAAAAGAAAUUUAUAAGAUUUAUAAGAAGAAUUAAAAGUAAAUAAUUAGAAAUUAGAUGAUCAUUUACAAACCAUUGAUAAUUAACAAACUGAACUAUAUAAAAUGAAAGAAAAACUUGAGAAUUUUGAAAAUAAGCAUAUGGAUAAUCAAGUAUCAUAAGUGAGUAAUAGAUCAAAGUUAAGUUAAGAAUAAAUUCGCUUUGAGCAAUUAGACGACAUUGAUGUUGAAGAUUAAGAUGUAGCUGAUGAUGAUUCAUUUGAAUAAAAAGAGAAUAUAAUUUAAUAACAUUAAUUAAAUUAAAAUCAAUACGAAUAAACAAAUACAAUAAAUGAAUUACAAGAAGAGAUUAAAUAAUUAAAAGAAUAAAUUAAGUAUACCAAUUUUAAAUAUAUUUAAGAUUUCUUUAAGAUUUAAUUAAUAGAGGAAGCGCGCCAAGUCCAAUUUAUAAUAGAGAAUCUGAUCCAAAUUCAUCCUCAAAAAUAGCAUAAGAAACAGAAAAACAUAGAUAAGAUUUAUAAAAUCAACUGUAUGAGAAAGAUUUGACAUUCACUCAUAAUAAAUCGAAAAAUUAAGUUCUUUUAGAAUUUAACCAAGAUGAAGAGAUUCAAGCAGGAGAUGAUUUAGCUGAAGACAUCAUGUAAGAACAGAAGGCUAAAAGUGAUUUGGCAAAUGAUAUACAGAAUGAAAUAAAAUAUCUAACCAAUGAAAACAAUAAAAAAAAUACUAAAAUUAGUACUUUGGAGAAAGAGAAAAAGUAUAAAUAAUCAAAUUAAUUUUAAUAGAGACAGUUCAAUACAAAUAGUUUAGUUAUAGGAAUAAAAAUAAAAGUUAGAGUAAAUGACUUUCAAUUUAUAAUCUGCAAUUGCAGAAUUAGAAAGGUAGACUAUUAUUACUAUUAAAAUUUAGUUAAAAUAAAGAAUUAUAAAUUUAGAUUUAAUAAUAAAAGAUUGUUGCUGAAGAAGCUUCUUAAAAAUUAUUGCAAUAAUUCCAAUAACAAAAGAAUGAUUAAGCUUAAGAAUUAAACACUUUUUAAAACUAGUAUGAACAAUUAAAAGGAUUAAAUCAAAAAUUCUUCUAAGCUAUAUUAAAUAAGUAACAUGAAAUAUAUGUUUAUUGUAGAACUCCUGAGGUUGCAGAAUAUUUCCUAGGUAUUAUUUUGAGUAUGAUUGAAAUGACAGAUAAAUAAGCAAUUUGUUAAGAAUUGUUUGUCAAAUCUGAUGAAAAGAAAGAUAAAAAAACUAAAAGCAAGAGCAAGGGAAUAAAAGGAUGGCUUGAUAAAUUUUGA